CUUGGAACAACUAUUCGGUACAUGCCGGUAUGGUCUUGGGAAGAGAUCGAUGCAUGCAGGAUUAAGCUUUUCCGUAAUCUUACUCGAGAAUAUGUUCGGAAAUUAUACAAUGAAUGGGGUGGAAUUCCUCGGUUUAUCUUGUUUUAUGCUCUCAAUGAUGCUCAGCAAGAUCUUCUUCAAAAGGCAAUUAAUUCGGUUGACAAUAAUCUGUUAAAUUUUGUUGGUGAGACUGCAGAUGAUAACAGUGCCAGUCAUAAAAUCGUCCAUAUCUGCACGAACAUACCAAAAGGAGAGGAUGAAGGAGAUGGAGAGGAAGGAGGUGAAGGUGUGGAAGAUGUGGAAAUAACGGAAGUAGAAGAUAACUCUGGAGAGCCCUCUACGUCAAAAUCUUCCGCAGUAACUAGACCAGAUAAAAUGAAAAGUGUUAUAGGGAAGGGAAAACCUUUCUAUUCAAUGUCAACUUUAGAGUUUGCGUCCGAUCAUGUUUCUGAAGAGAUAAUGGAUAAACUCAUAAAGAAUUAUAGAGACCAGUUGGAGAAUUUCGUGAAGGCUAGCUCAUCGAUAAGCGAUUACAGUACACUCCGGGGUGCUAUAUUCGAGCGGAUCGCUCACAGAAAGUUAUUAAAAGGAGGAUCGUUUAGGAGCCCGAAAAGUGUGCUUAGAAAG